CGGGGCUGAGGCUGUGUGGAGUGAGCAUAGACCAUGGGCUCCUAGUGGUAGCGCUAUACAGAAACCAAGAGGGAGAGGAUAGGUUGUUCAACUGACUUGACUGUACAUGUACAGUGCUUAGGCACAAGCAAGGCACAUGUGAUCUUGGGCAGCGGGUUCCCUAUGAAAUGUAAACAUUUGCAUAUUGGCUGAAGUACAUGGGACUUUGGGGUUUGUUUAGACACAUUUAGACUUGGCUAUCUAUGUAUUGAUGAGGAACGGUGGAGAGACAUCAGUGAAGAUUUACAAGGUGUCCGUCCGGAAGGCGCGUCUCAAGGAGCAGAAACCAAAACGGCAACUACAUGAUUGGAUGCGUUUCUCUUGAACCCAGUAUACACAGUUUAUACUUUAUUUUAGGUUGUAAGUUGAUAUUGUAUGGUUUCGUACUUAUUGAAAAAAUAGACAUGACCAUUGCAAGUUAACUUGUGGGAAAAGCAGCUGGGAUUUCAGAUGAUCGCGAGUGAAUAAUUUGUUUUUUUUUACGGCUGUGGAUAUGAAUCUAUCCCGGGCUCGAACGUGCGGGAUACAAUUAAUCCUCUAAAUUCUUGGACAUCUCAACUGGCUUUAGUCAGUAACUAGGACCUAUAUAAAACUCAAACUAUUGAAAGAAAACUAUUUGCUGCUGUUUGGACAUAUUUUCCCGGCUAAAUCCAAGGAUUUGCGCGCAAUCCGUGGAUGUUUAAUAUGCUAGUAUGGGUCCGCUAGCGUUCAUCCUUGUUGGUGGAUUAUUGUACUGUCAAGUUGAUGGAUCCCGUCUGCGUCAGGAGGACUCCCCACCCCGGAUCGUGGAGCACCCCUCUGACUUGAUCGUGUCCAAAGGGGAGCCGGCCACCCUCAACUGCAAGGCAGAGGGGCGGCCCAGCCCCACGGUGGAGUGGUACAAGGACGGGGAGCGGGUAGAAACGGACAAAGAUGACCCACGGUCUCACCGCAUGCUCCUUCCCAGCGGCUCCCUCUUCUUUCUACGUAUCGUCCACGGACGACGCUCCAAACCGGAUGAGGGCUCCUACGUCUGCGUCGCCCGCAACUACCUGGGAGAAGCCAUCAGCCACAACGCCUCGCUGGAAGUAGCAUUGCUGCGUGAUGACUUCAGACAGAACCCUACAGACGUGGUGGUGGCAGCAGGGGAGCCGGCCAUCCUGGAGUGUAUCCCGCCUAGAGGUCACCCUGAACCAACCAUCUACUGGAAGAAGGACAAAGUACGCAUCGAAGACAAAGAGGACAGGAUCACCAUCCGAGGAGGGAAGCUGAUGAUCUCCAACACCAGGAAGAGUGAUGCUGGCAUGUUCAUCUGUGUUGGCACAAACAUGGUGGGAGAGAGAGACAGUGAGACGGCCCAGCUGACUGUGUUUGAGCGUCCCACCUUCCUGCGUCGGCCCAUCAACCAGGUGGUCCUGGAGGAGGAGGGGGUAGAGUUCAGGUGCCAGGUGCAGGGAGACCCCCAGCCCAACGUACGCUGGAGGAAGAAUGAUGUUGAUGUGCCCCGUGGGAGGUACGAGAUCAAGUAUGACAAGGAGGACUACCUGCUGAGAGUGAAGAAGGCGUCGGCCAGUGACGAGGGCACCUUCACCUGCCUGGCAGAGAACCGCGUGGGCAAGGUGGAGGCCUCUGCCAGCCUCACCGUCAGAGCUCGCCCUGUCGCUGCACCCCAGUUUAUCAUCAGGCCGCGGGACCAGAUCGUGGCCCAGGGUCGCACUGCCACCUUCCCCUGUGAGACCAAGGGCAACCCCCAGCCUGCAGUCUUCUGGCAGAAGGAGGGUAGCCAGAACCUGCUGUUUCCCAACCAGCCCCAGCAGCCCAACAGUCGCUUCUCUGUGUCCUCCAGUGGAGACCUGACCAUCUCGUCCGUGCAGCGGACAGACGCAGGCUACUACAUCUGCCAGGCCCUGACCGUGGCUGGCAGCAUCCUCGCCAAGGCCCAACUGGAGGUCACAGAUGUGCUGACAGACAGGCCACCGCCCAUCAUCCGUCGGGGUCCGUCCAAUCAGACGCUGAGGGUGGACAGCGUGGCCCUUCUGAAGUGCCAGGCGUCAGGAGACCCCAUCCCCUCUAUCAGCUGGCUGAAGGACGGGGUCAGUCUGCUGGGGAAGGAUCCCCGCAUGUCCCUGCAGGAGCUGGGCAGCCUCCAGAUGAGGAGCCUCAGGCUCUCUGACUCUGGGAUCUACACCUGUGUGGCUGCCAGCUCCAGUGGCGAGACAUCAUGGAGUGCCUUCCUGGAGGUCAAAGACCAAGCUGGGGUGAUGGUCAUUAAGAACCGGGAUGACAACGAGCUCCCUGGCCCUCCCUCCAAACCCCAGGUCACUGACGUCACCAAGAACAGCGUCUCGUUGUCUUGGCAACCCGGCCUGGCUGGGGCCACGCCCAUCUCCUCUUUUGUCAUCGAAGCCUUCAGCCAGUCUGUGAGCAACAGUUGGCAGACGGUUGCGGACCAUGUGAAGACCACGCAGUACACGGUCAAAGGCCUGCGCCCCAACACCAUCUACCUGUUCAUGGUGCGGGCGGUCAACACCCAGGGCCUCAGUGACCCCAGCCCCAUGUCAGAGCCCGUCAGGACACAAGACAUCAGUCCUCCAGCCCAGGGUGUGGACCACAGGCAUGUGCAGAAAGAGCUGGGGGAGGUCAUAGUUCGUCUGCACAACCCGGUCGUCCUGAGCCCCACCACCAUUCAGGUCACUUGGACGGUGGACCGCCAGUCCCAGUUCAUCCAGGGUUACAGAGUUCUGUACAGGCAGACAUCUGGCAUGUUUUCCCCAGGACCUUGGCAGACCCAGGAUGUGAAGGUCCCCUCCGAGCGCAGCGUGGUCCUCUCCAACCUCAAGAAAGGCAUUGUCUAUGAGAUCAAGGUCCGGCCCUACUUCAAUGAGUUCCAGGGCAUGGACAGUGAGUCCAGGUCGGCUCGCACCACAGAAGAAGCUCCCAGUGCCCCUCCCCUGCAGGUUACAGUCCUGACGGUGGGCAACCAGAACAGCACCUCCAUCAGCAUCUCCUGGGACCCCCCUCCUCCAGAACACCAGAACGGCAUCAUCCAGGAGUACAAGAUCUGGUGCCUAGGGAAUGAGACACGAUUCCACGUGAAUAAGACGGUGGAUGCAGCCAUCCGGUCGGUGGUUGUGGGGGGGCUUCAAGUGGGGGUGCUGUAUCGGGUGGAGGUGGCUGCCAGCACCAGUGCAGGUGUGGGGGUCAAGAGUGAACCUCAGCCCAUUGUCAUUGGUAAGGACUUCCGUGACGUGAUCAUAAGUGGGAACAGGAACAACAGCAUCACGGAGCAGAUCACAGACGUGGUGAAGCAGCCAGCGUUCAUAGCGGGGAUCGGAGGGGCCUGCUGGGUGAUCCUCAUGGGCUUCAGUAUCUGGCUGUACUGGAGGAGGAAGAAGAGGAAGGGGCUCAGCAACUACGCAGUUCAGUCCUUCACCUUCACCCCUGCAGUGACGUUCCAGCGUGUUGACGGGGGUCUGAUGAGCAAUGGAAGCCGACCAGGCCUGCUGAAUGCCAGUGACCCAGGAUACCCGUGGCUGGCAGACUCCUGGCCUGCAACCAGCCUGCCUGUCAAUAAUGGCUCCGGGGGACCCAACGACCUCAGUAACUUUGGCAGAGGAGACACCAGUAGUAAUGGGGAUAAGACCGGCACUAUGCUCUCUGAUGGAGCCAUCUAUAGCAGUAUAGACUUCACCACCAAGGCUAACUACAACAGCCCCAGCCAGGGCUCCCAGGGAGCCACCCCCUAUGCCACCACCCAGAUCCUCCACUCCAGUAGCAUCCAUGAGCUGGCUGUGGACCUCCCUGAGGCCCAGUGGAAGGCCUCCAUCCAGGCCAAACAGGAGAUGGCCAACCUGGGGUACUCCCUGCCUGACAAGAACUCCUGCAACAACACACUCCUUUUCAUUCCUGACUACCGAUUGGCCGAGGGAUUGUCUAAUAGAAUGCCACACAACCAAUCACAAGAUUUCAGCACCACCAGCUCUCACAACAGCUCAGACCGAAGCGGGAGCCUAUCAGGUGGUAAGGGGGGUAGGAAGAAGAAGGCCAAGGUUGGCACCAAACCCACCAAGACUAAUGGCUCCAGCUGGGCCAACGUGGCCCUGCCCCCUCCCCCUCUACAUCCUCUCCCUGGCACCGAGAUGGACCACUACCCCAACGAGCACUAUGAAGGAGGAGGGUAUGAGAGUGAUGGCUGGGGUCCUCCCAUGCCCGUGCAGACCUACCUCCACCAGGGAAUGGAGGAUGAGCUAGAGGAGGAGGAAGAGAGAGUCCCCACCCCACCCAUUCGUGGCGUGGCUUCGUCCCCAGCAGCGGUGUCCUUCGGCCAGCAGUCCACAGCCACCCUUAGCCCCUCUCCCCGGGAGGAGCUGCAGCCCAUGCUCCAGGCCCACCUGGACGAGAUCACCCGUGCCUACCAACUGGACAUGGCCAAACAGACAUGGCUCAUGCAGGGUGGCUCCCUCCCCCCUCUCCCUCCCCAGGCCCCCGCCCCUCCAGUGGGGUACGUGUCCAGCACCCUGGUGUCUGACCUGGAGACUGACAUCCCUGAUGAGGAUGAGGAGGAUGAGGAAGAGGAGGAGGAUGAAGGCUAUGAGAUGUCCAGGCCUCUCUAUGGUAUUGAGCACACGCCAGGGUCCAGCAUGGACAACCUAGACAGCUCCGUAACAGGGUCCAUGGUUAACGGCUGGGGGUCAGCCUCAGAGGAAGAUGACCGUCACUACUCCAGCCACAGGUCCAGUGUGGGCAGCUCCUCUGACGGGUCCCUCUACACCCACUGUAGCUUCGCCCAGGCCCUGGUGGCAGCCGCUGACAAGGCAGGCUACCACCUGGAGGGUACCAGCCUGGCCAAGAGAGGUAAAGGGCUGUCCCACCGGCCCCGGCCCAGCAGUCCCUUCUCUACAGAUGGCAGCACGGUGGGCACACAUAGCCUGGGCCACCAGAGGGCUGCCCGGCCCACCCGCAAGCCCCGGGGACAGGGCACGGCGCCCCACAGGAGAGACGCCAGUGCAGACGACCUACCUCCUCCCCCUGACCCCCCGCCCAUCCAGGGACCAGGGUAUAUCCAGGGGGCCCGUAGUGUAGGCGGAAUGGGCCCCCCAGCCGAGAGGCAGGCAUCGUCCCUGGAGCGCCAGCCCAUGUGUGGCGCCAUGCCCCUGUCUGGGCUGGAGGAAAUGAAGAGCUGCAUGGACAGACAGACACGCACCUCUCUGGAGCGCCACCGCCAGGCCCAGGACAGACUAGCAUCCAUGGACCGAGGAGACGACCCACGUAGGGGACACAAAACAGAAGCGGGGUGCCUGCCCCCCUACAGUAAACCCUCAUUCCCCUCCCCCGGGGGCGACAUCUCCUCUGGGACAGCCUCCUCCAAGGGCUCCACGGGGCCACGCAAGGGAGAGGGGCCUCGAGGGCCACACCAACGGGCUGCCACAGACCACAGUGACUUCCUGGGGACCAACGGACCUGGACAUUACGCGGGCGAGUUAUAGUGACCUGCCUGCAGUAGGAUCUGAACUGAACUGGAGAAAGCCUCGUCGUCCUCAUCAGAAUGAAGCCUCACCCGACUGGUGCAAUGAACUUUGUCCUUUGUGUAUUAUCAGAGGAGAGGAGCAGGAAGAUGACGAUGAUGAUAACAGAACUGUAAAUGUGAUGUAUAAACACAGACAUACAUACUGUACAUCCCACUAUGUUGUUGUCCUCAACAAAAUUAUUUCUCACCUUAAUUUUUUUUCAGUCAGAAAAUAGCAAGUAAACAAAACAGUUAAAAACGUCUAUAUGAGAAAACUAAUUUUCAAAAUAACCUUCCUUGGGGAAAAAAUGGAAUCUUGUUUCCUGUAAAUAGAUUCUUUACGUUGUUGUUGCGUUGCUAUGCAAGCCUACUUCAGUUUUAGCAUCCUCUUUCCAUACUGUUGGUUAUAUCUAGUCAUUUGUAUUAUAUUUGAAUUGAUUGGUUGUUGUGCCAUAAAAUAAUUGUUUUAUAAUCCAUCAUUUGUUAAUAGCUUUCAUUGAUUAAUUAUUAUAAUUAUUAUUAAUUAUUGUUUUUUUGCACUGCGAUUUUUGGUGAUAAGCACAAAAGCAUAGCUCCUGCUGACAGGAAGAACCGGACGAACAUUUGAAGAGGAGUUUCUGUAGAGAGAUGAGAAAAUAUAUACUAAUGUACAGAGAGAUAUUAAAGAGUGAAGGGUUGCUUAUGGACAGCAACUAAAUGGAUGCCCAUUCCCAAGUUAGGACUAAACAGAAAGAAGAUGGGUUUGUUAGUGUCUUUGAGGUAGGGGGCCAGAGAAGAGGCAGAGAGGGGGGGCUUGUUCAAUGUGCACAGAGGCUAUGAGCAAGAUGAUGACUUGUCUCUCCUCUAACUAUGAGUUGAUUAUUGGAUUAGCUUCGAUCCUACAUAAACUGAUUCUAUUGUAAACCGUAUAGUCCUACAAAUGGGCUGAUAUAGACUUGUUAGAGCUGGCAGUUGUGAGGCUGUCCAGGCAUUGUCUUGUUUUCAGAACAUAACACAGCCACAAUGGACGUCUAGCUGGGCCCUCAUCUUCAUUCCAGCGUUUCAACACAAUUUAUUUGAUUCUAUCUUCAUCUCAUCUUCUUUGAUUCUAUUUUCAUUGAAUUCUAGAGUUUUUGUUUUCAUCCGAAGAUCAUUUGUAUAAUCCGUCUAGCAAAAUGGAGUUACAGUAGAUUACACAAAGUGAACAUCUGCACGUGUUCACUUUGUUCAACCAGCUGUACACCACUAUAAUCUAGUCACUGAAGCCACAGCACCUAAAAUACACUAUGAAGAGCCUCAAAGCCAUGGUUCAGAAGGUCUAAUCUAUAAUCUAACACUGACAAAGGACUUCCUUUUGAUCAUCCCUUCCUUUUGAUCAACUCUGGAAUGGGUUGAACCCAGCUGUAGUAAGAACUAACAUUGAUGCUAAAGGAUUUCUCUAUUGCCAGGAAAGAAGGUUUAGGAUAGUUCCUUUUUUUUUGCCCAAAAGUCCAAAGUUUAUUUUGUCAUCCAUUUUAAAUGAUGUUUUACUUAAUUUAGAGCACUUAAUGUACUCCACAUCCAUAGCAUCCCAUGGAAAACAACACAGUUCCCUGUUUUGUAUCUGUUUCAGUCGGAGCACUGCAGUCCCUGCCCUGAAGUAUGGUACUGUGUUCUGAUUAGCAUAAAAUAGAGCACUAACUAGACUCCCUAUUGGGACUCAAAUUCCCAGAAUGCAUCAGAUAGUGGAGAGGAAGGCAGGUAGAGUACAGUCAGAAUGGAGAAGAGCCACCUGCAGUAGCAGAUCCCACUGCCUCUGUCUCUACAGCAUAGAGCACUACUUUCUAUCUGCCUAACAGUCACAACACAUUUUCCUUCUGCCGGCCGCAUGGAACUAUUCAGCCUCAGAUGUUCAAUUUGUAUCUUUUCAAACAAUGUUCUUAUAAUUUUUUUAAAGCCUGUUUCUUUGUAUGCCUUUUAUGGACUCAAAAAUAGUGCUUAAUAAUGUUCUCAAAAUCAACGUUCACAAUUUUACUGGAUCAAUUACUAUUUCUUUUGUGUCUUCUUUAGUACUGCUUAAUGUUGAUACAAGGAGAGUUGGAAAGGAAACGGAAGGCUUUGUCAGAUAUGCUGUUGUACUGUCACGUUUAUGUCACUGUCAUAUCAUCAACCUAGUGGCCAGUGUUCUGGAAAUGAGGUGCAAGGAGUAUCUCAGGUUAUUUUACAUUCUGGCGGUGUUCAUGUAUGUGUGUAUAUAUGUGUAUAUAUUCAUAUGCAUCUCCACUCGGUUAUUUCAUUCCAGUUUCAUUGCUGAAAGAUUUCCCCUUUUAUGUCCGAUGCUGUCCUGUUUCAUUUCUUUUCGCCAGUGGUUUUAAUUCCAAGUUUAAAGUGCUGGUCCAUCCACCUUAAGGCAAGAUGUCAGUAACAGAACAUACCAAAUUAAUAUCGAUAUUUCUAAUGUCUAAUGCGUUUUUGUGUCUUUUUAAUACUCAUGGUUUUCCUUUAAAUCACUGUGUUGUUGUUUUGUAUUUAUUAAAAUGAUAAUAAAAAGGUAUAUUGUGAAAUAUGCAUAAAGAUUUGUGUAAUAUAAAAACAUUAUUUUUUUUCUGUCGGAGAAGGCCGGGUUUGGGCAGCUCCAGUCCUCAGGGGCGGGGUGCUGUCACACUUUGUCCCCAUCCCUAGCAAACACAGCUGAUGAAAAUAAUUGCAUUCAAAACUGAAGGUCAUGAUUGGUUGGUCAUUGGAGUCAGGGUUGUUAGUGGGGGCUGAGGCAAAAGUGUGACACCAAUCAGGCCCCCUGAGGACUGGAGUUGCCCAUCCCUGAGCUAGGCCAAAAGGACUUGAUGCUCUCUCCAGGUGCAAUGCUGAGUCAUUACUUGUCAGAGAUACCCGAGUCACUCGGUCCUGCAUGUUAAUAACUACUCUGCUUCCUCUCAUCUCAAAACAAAAGAAACUAAAACCUUUUCCAAACACAAAGAGCGAUAUGUUCCUCAUUUGCUUGAUACGGCAAUAGAUACAAACAUUCUUUUUUGGGAGGUUGAGAAGUACUUUCCCUUUCUUUUGUUACUUUUCUCAGUAUUGUUGGAUCUGUGUGUUGCCUUUUUGCAAAAAAAAGAGGAUUAAAGAAAGGCAAAAAUAGGAAGUUGUCUUUCUUUACAGUGCGGGGCAAGGUGAUACCCUCUCUCCAAUGCAAUUUAUACAUUCGCAUAUCUUUCCUGUAAACAACCUUCUGUAUUCACUUGCAUGUCCUUGUCCAUGAACAAGAAAACUUUUACAAGUCCCAUCCCCAUGUCCUGUAAGAUAAAUCAAAGUUAUUUUCUUUCCUUGUACCUGGAUCACUACCAACAAAUAAAAUAUUAAAACAAAUGUGAA